UAGAUCUGAAAAAUACCAGCCAGGUAGCUUGCUUAGCAUGCUGCAGCAGCCAAACAUAAAAGAGCUCUUUGAAUGCUUCAGGACGGUGCUAACAAAUUUGGUAGCCCCUAAGAUGCUCCUAAAACGGAACAACUCCAGACAAUAUGCUAAUGGUCAAGGAUGAUGGGAAUUAUAACCCAGAAAUAGCUGAAGGGCCACAGUUUCCUCAUCCCCUGCUUAAAGAAUCUAGCAGUCUAAACUUUUGUGAAAAAGCGUAGCGUCAGAUACAUGGAAGCCACACUGGUGACUGCAUCCCAAGGCUAGAAAUUCAAAACUGGCACAGAUCAGCUGCUGUUGGAGAGCAUCUGGCCCACCACAAGAUGCCUCUGUCUCUCCAUAACUAAUACCAAUGUGAAAAGGUCACUGCUCAUUUUUUCUUCUGGUGGAAUUAGAAUUUGAAAAAGAUGCUGCAUAUGAGCUGGAAUAGUCAUCUGAAGUUACUAUGUCACAGCAUGGUUUCUGAUGUGUAUUUGAAGUUGUUUUUCUCAAGAAGCUUUGCCCUUACCUGGAAGGCAUGGACAUUCAUGCACUCUCUUGUUGGAGAUAAGAACAUUGUCUUGAUGGGGCCACCUGGUGCUGGAAAAACAACAGUAGGAAAAAUUUUAGGUCGGAAACUGGACUCUUGUUUCAUAGAUGUGGAUGAUGAUGUUCUUGAAACAACCUGGAAUAUGAGUGUGGCAGAAAAAUUGAAGAAUGUUGGGAAUGAGAAGUUUAUAGAAGAAGAAGGAAGAGCCCUGUUAAACCUUUCAGCAUCUGGAAGUGUAGUUUCCCUUUCUGGAUCUAACCCAAUGAAUGCUGCUAGCAUGGAGCAUAUGAAGAGAAAUGGGAUAGUGGUCUAUCUGGAUGUACCCACAGAAAGCAUAAUGGAUCGUUUGAAAUUAAUGAAGGUGGAUCGUAUUGUGGGACAGGGUCAAGGAACAUCAUUAAGAGACAUUAUUCAGUUCAGGAAGCAGUUUUACAGAAAGUGGUAUGAUGUCCGUGUUGUCUGCGAAAAUGGGGUUACAGCAGAGGCUGUAGCAGACAAAGUGCUUCUUGCUGUUAAGAGGUAUCAAGAUUCUGAGCUGGAAUGCUUCAUUUCCACCCGUGGCAUUAAGGAAGACAAGUCAAGGAGCUGUGUUAAGUAUUUCAGUGAUGCUCUUAUUGAAGGUCUGGCCCCAGAUGGUGGGCUCUUUGUUCCUGGAAUGGGACUUCCAAAAUUCACUAGUGGAGAAUGGCAACAUUUAUUAGGGGCAACUUUCACUGAAAGAGCUCAAAUUAUACUAGAAAGGUGCAUACAUCCUGAUGAUAUUCCUGCUUCCAAAUUAUGGGAAAUGAUUGAGAGGGCAUAUGGACAAAAUUUUAUGUGUUCUAAAAUCACCCCAGUUAGACAUCUGCAAGGGAAUCAGUUUCUUCUGGAGCUGUUUCAUGGACCAACGGCUUCAUUUAAGGAUUUGGCUUUACAGUUACUGCCCCAUCUGUUUGCAUACUGCAUUCCCCAAAGCUGCAAUUACUUGAUCUUGGUAGCAACUUCUGGUGACACAGGAAGCGCAGUUCUAAAUGGUUUUAGUCGACUUAAAGAGACGGAUAAGCAAAGAAUUGCUGUGAUCACUUUCUUUCCUCAUGAUGGAGUUAGCCAGAUACAGAAACUCCAGAUGAUCAGCUGCCAAGAAGCAAACACAAAAGCAAUAGGGGUCCAGUCUGACUUUGAUUUUUGCCAGUCUGCCAUCAAACAAAUGUUUACCAAUUCAGAUUUUACUGGCUUUCUCACAAUGGAAUAUGGAACAGCAUUAAGUGCCGCAAAUUCUAUCAACUGGGCACGUUUGCUUCCCCAGGUGGUUUAUCAUGCAUCAGCUUACUUGAACCUUAUUGAGCAAGGUGUUAUUUCAUUUGGCAGCCCCAUAGAUGUCUGUAUUCCCACAGGUAACUUUGGCAACGUAUUAGCCGCAAUAUAUGCAAAAACCAUGGGGAUCCCUAUUCGGAAAUGUAUCUGUGCUUCCAAUCAAAACAACAUCUUGACUGAAUUUAUAAAAACCGGCCUGUAUGAUUUACAAGGAAGGCAAUUAAUACCAAGCUUGUCUCCAGCAAUAGACAUUCUGAAGCCUUCCAACCUUGAACGUUAUUUACACCUGAUGGCUGAUGGUGAUGGACAGCUGGUGACACAGUUCCUUCUCUCCCUGGAAAGCCAGCAGUGCUUCCAGCUGGAGAACGAGCUCCUGCGAAAGCUUCAGCAGGACUUGGUGGCCGAUUGGUGCUCUGAGGAAGACUGUCUGAGCGCUAUACACUCUGUGUUCAAUACCACAGGGUACAUUCUGGAUCCACAUACAGCUGUGGCCAAAGUGGUUGCAGAUCGACUUCAAGAUAAAACUUGCCCCAUUAUCAUUUCUUCUACUGCUCAUUAUUCCAAGUUUGCACCUGCUAUCCUACAGGCACUGAGGAUUGGAGAAAUAAAACAGAAUCCAUUAAGCCAGCUCCAGUUGUUAAACUCAUAUAACCCUUUGCCUCCAGUCCAUGGGGGCCUAUUAGAGAUGCUGCGAAAGAAUGAGGAACCAAACUAUGAGAUCUGUGCUGCUAACGUGAAUGUCCUUAUGGAACACGUUGAAGGCUUAAUACAAAAUCGCUUUAUGAAGGCUUUCUAACUGCAAGAUCCUUGGUGCUGGCUAGCUGUACUGUUUUUAAUACCCUCACUCCCCUGUAUGUUUAAUGAACGCUUAAUAGACACAGUUCACUUUAGUGAAUAUUUAGAGCAACGAAUGCCAAACGCAACAGAAGCAAAACAAGUAAAACUGAAAAAAAGAAGUCAUAUUCCCAGAGGUGAAAUUGUUGUUUGGAAGAAAAAGAAAUCAGAAUGGAAAAUGUUGUGCAGGACCUGUUGAGAGGAUUACUAUGCGGUACAUAUUUGCAAACUAUGUGCUUUCUUUGUGAGGCUAAUAGUAGCUUCUUGUUUGUGGGGAUUGUUUGUGGGGGGAUGAUACCCUCGUAAUUAUCUUCUCCUGCUUACUAUUCAGUCUUUAGAGUUGGAGAUCUAAUCCAUGGGUAUCUCACCAUCAUACCUAACUAUAUCUGUAGCACGGUAUUUCUCAACCUCAGCAACUUUAAGAUGUGUGGACUCUCAGAAUUCCC